AUGGAAGAUCUAGUAACGGAUGCUGCUCGGGUCCGUCUUUCUAAUGGGAAACAUUCUUUCAAGUAUCAUCGCUUUUUGGGAAAUGAAUCUCGGAAACGAGUUCAUGAUGAUAUCUUAGCCUGGUAUGACAUUUAUCAUCGGAAAUUACCUUGGCGGCAAAUGGAAGCUUUAUCUAUGCAAGAAUAUGAAAAGCAACAUCCUGGUCAACGCGCAUAUGAGGUUUGGGUGUCGGAGAUCAUGUGCCAGCAGACUCAAGUCGCCACUGUGAUUCCAUAUUAUAAUACAUGGAUGGAGAAAUGGCCUACUAUACAUGAUUUGGCUGCUGCAGACCUUGAGGAUGUUAAUAAGGUUUGGACAGGGCUGGGGUAUUACUCUCGUGCUUCACGCCUGCAUUCUGGAGCACAGAAGGUCGUCAAAGAGUUCAACGGUGUACUACCAAGGGACCCUGUGGUACUAGAGAAGGAAAUCCCAGGGAUCGGGAGGUAUACUGCAGGCGCAAUCGCAUCGCAUGCAUACAAUGUACCAGCAGAGCUCGUGGAUGGUAAUGUGAUACGUGUGCUAUCACGGCUACGUGCCAUUGGAGGAGAUGUAAAGAGCCCUAAGGUUAUUGAUCUUCACUGGCAAAUCGCCAAGGAAUUAGUGCAUCAAGAUCGUCCGGGAUGUUUUAAUCAAGGACUAAUGGAGCUUGGUGCUGUAAUCUGUACGCCACAGAACCCUCAAUGCGGUAAAUGUCCUGUGCGGACAAGUUGUAGGGCUUAUGCGGAGAAACGUCAGAUAGAGGAAGAAGAUGGAGCCAUCGUCGGAAAAGACGAUAGCGAUGAAUGUACAUUAUGUUUGCCUGCGGCUGAUGUAGAGAGCAAAGAUCAAGGAAUAGUGACACAAUAUCCACGAAAAGCCAUCAAGAAAGCCCCGAGAGAUGAAGAGUGUGCAGUGUCUAUUUUGGAACGUGUGCGCAGCCUUGAGUCGGGAGAGUCUAUAUCAGAAUUUUUGUUGGUCAAACGGCCUGAUAAGGGCCUUCUGGCUGGGAUGUGGGAGUUCCCA